CCUCGACGCUUGCAUCGCCUUAUGAUGAAAUGUUUUGUAUUGCUAUUGAAAUGUCAGUUCGAAGUUCUCGUUGUUUGAAAACUAUUUGUAGUCAACUAUUCUUUAAUGUUUUGUAAUUGUUAUUACACUAAAGAGGAAUUUAUUGAAAAUGGCAGAUGUAAGGUUACUUAUACAAGAAGAAGGUCGAGCAGCUAGAAAUUUAAUAGCCUUUAAUGUACCAGUUGGAACAAAUAAUACUGAGAAAGUUACUAGGAAACCUCCUAGUGUUCCAAGAGUAUCACAUGCAAAUACAACUAAAAGGUCUAUGAAACCAACAGCAAGAGUAAGGUCAGCUUCUACUGGAAGAGACAAAAAAUCUGAAUUGCAGGCAAGAUAUUGGGCUUUUCUGUUUGGCAAUUUACAAAGAGCAGUUGAUGGUAUUUAUCAGACUUGCGAAGAAGAUGAAAAUAUAUCUGAAUGCAAAGAAGUAAUACUUGUUUUAGAGAAUUAUACUAGAGAUUUCCAUAACUUGAUUGAAUGGUUUAAAGUCAAAUGGGCAUAUGAGAAUUCUCCACCACCAUUAAGACGUACUCCAUUAGCUUGGGAAGUUAGAAAGACUUCUCCUUGUCGUAUGUGGAACUCAACAGUAAUUCCGAAAUCUACGAGUCCUUUACAAAGAAUGAGUCCCACAGAAUCUGUUUGUAGAAGUCCUGUUGAUCAAAUCAUCUCAGAAAAUAAACCCAUCACUUUAGAUAACAAAAUAAAUCACACAAAAGGGGAAACAGUUCAUAAAUUAAUGAAAGAUAAUAAAAGUAAUUUUUCCAAAAAUAAUUUGACAAAUGCAAACGAAAAAUGUAAAAGUUCAAUAGAUAAGGGAGCAAGUCAGUCAUUAAAUAAGGAUAAGUUGUCUUCAGUAAAGAUUAACAAAGGUCUUGUAAAACAAGCAGUACCUACAAAAACCGGUACCACCAUUAUAGCAGAGCAAAAAUCGAAUGAAACUUCUCCUCGCGAUGUCAAACAUAAGCUGGAUAUUAAAAGUACACCAAAAUCGGCUAAAAUUGAAACUCAGAAUACUGCUACCAAAAUAACGGAUUCUAAUGUAAUAACAGAAAAAAAUGAACAAGUCAUUCAUAAUGACAAUAAAAAUAUGUGUUUAAAUACUUCUACGUCAAGCGAGAAAGAAUUUUGUAAAUCUAAUAACAUGGAUAAUAAAUUGAGUUCCCAAAAUAAUUUUCAGAUUAAACCAUUAGGUCCUAAGAAUGAUUUAGGGUUAGGAAAAAAUGAGAUUAAUGCUAAAGUGAAAAAGCAAAAUAUAGGAAAAAAUAUUAAAUCGAUUGGUAUAGAAAAUGUAGUAACAGAAAAUAAAAUAACAGAACCCCUUAGUGUAGCAAAAGAUAAUAAUAGUACUAUUGUAGUGCAUAAGAAUAUACAAAACAUUACAAUAGCAUCUAAUAAAGUUAAUCAGAAAUUAAAAAGGCAGUCAAGUAGUAAUGACAGCACAAAUAAUAAAAAUGUAAUGAAAUCUGCAUCUGAUACAGCAUCCAGUAUUCCGAAUAAAGUUACAGUAACUAAACCAGCAUAUUCUACAGUAUCACAAAUGAAGAUUGUGAAAACGAAGCAAUCAAAUCUGCCAGAAACUCCGAAAUUUAUUAGGAGUAAAACUACAUUAAGCGAAAAGAAUGUGUCAACUUCAAAUAAAAUAAGACCUGGAACAUCCGUAAUAGUUCGUCAACGGUUUCAGCCACUCGAUAAUAAGAUUUCAGAACAAAGUUCAUUAAAGAAGGAUCAAAGUAAAGAUAUAAAUGGUUCCGUAGAAGUGUUAACGAAGCAAACCGUUGCUAUAAAAACAAAGGAAGAAGCUGAUGGUUGGCAAACCGUUCGUAGUCGUUACAGAAGAGGUAGCACUCACAAUUUAAAUAUGUCUACGAGAUUUCACAAACCGAGCACCGCAACAUCGUUACCAGCUUUGUCGAUCGAAAGUCCUUCGGAGAAAAAUAAGAAAAAUUGUUUAACUCCAGAUGGAAAUAACAAACAGAAGAAGAAAUGUAUUGUAGAGAAAGAAGGGAAAAAUAUAAGUAACGAAGUGGAGAAAGUGAAAGGAGAAUCUGUUGUAAAUAUUACCAUUAAAGAUAAGGUAGAAGAAGUUUUAAAGAACACUAUUAAUUUAAAGGAAAUCAAUUCUACGUCAAUGAUAGCAGCUAUUUUUAAAAGUGAUGCAGAAUUACUUGAAAAACGUAUACAGCAAUUUAUGGCUGCUCAAGCUGAAAGAGAAAGAAUAAUUCUAGAGGAGGAAAGAAAGACCGAAGAAGCCGAUUCGCAACGGUCACAGCAGUUAUCAGACGAAGAAGCAUCUUUGCAUAGACAAAUUUUGGAAUUAGGAUGUACUGAAACUGAUAUUGAUACAGAAACCGAUGAAACAGAUGGUGAGAUGAUCCUUGAAAUGGAAGAUGAACGUGGAUCAUCCCCUAAUGCGAUACCUGAUGAUGUCAGCAUUGAAGAUAGAUACGAACAUAUGUUAGAUGGAAUGUCCUGGGCAGAUUGCGUGGAUACAAUCGCUCAGUUACGCGCAUUGGUAGCUCGUCAUCCUGGCAGGGCUUUAGAAUUGCAUCAAAAGCUUUCGUCUCCAUCGCGAAAAAGAUCUUUACCCGAAACGUUAAGAAGAUACCACGCGAAACAAGCUUGUGCACAACGUAAACGUCAGAAGCUCCUGAUGGAGAAGUCACAGAGGUUAAGAGAACUAUUGAACAAGGUGGAAGAUGUUAAAAGCGCGAAAAACCAAUUAAUAGAAGACAAGAGAAUUAGAAUGGAAACGAAAUUGAAGAAAGCAGAAGAAAAUAGAACGCAGCAUUUAUUAGAAAUAGUGAGGAAGGCUCAUGAUGAGGAUUCAAAAUUAAAGGAAAUUGCAUUUAUCAAUGAACUCGAGGCACAGAAUAAAAGACACGAUUUUAUGGCGUUGUGUCAAGAACAGGAAGAGAGAUUGCAAGGAAUUCAGGAAGAACGUCAACGUCGACAAGAAGAGAAGGCAGCCAAAGAAGCUGCGGCUGAAGAACGUAGACGAGCUUUAGAAGCGGAAAGGCAAUUGCGUAUCCAGAAAAUGAAGCAAGCUCGUCGUGAACGCGAAGAAAGAGUUGGCAAAAUGCAGUUAGAAAGAGAGAAGGAACGUCAGGAGAUUGCUAGAGAAAAAGCCAGAGACCGAGAAGAGAGACUGUCGGCGCUUCAUGCAGCUCAGUUAGCAAAUCAAGAAGAAUUACAAAAGAAGAUAGCACAAAAGCAGCAAGAAUCAGCCAGAAGACACGUGGAAAAUAUAGAACACAUUAGACAAAGAGCAGUAGAAUCUUCGAUCCUAAGAGCAGAAGAAGUUCCACCUAUGCUUAAAUCGUAUCCUGCUCAAAAGCAGUGUUCCUUAUGUGGGAUAGUUAUUCCCAAUGAAGUGUACUUGUUAAGCCAUUUAAAAGGGAAAACACAUUUAGAAGCAGUAAAAAGUGCGCAUGAUGGUCGUGAGCCAUCACGAGACGAAUUACAACGCUUCAAUAUAUUACAGAUUCAAGAUUUACCAGUUUCUGUGAUCGAUAAUAAUAAUUCGAACGAAGUUAAAGCCGCGAAAGAGAAGCAGAAAGCUUUAAAACGUCGUUGUAGAAAAAUGAAGCAACGUAUGAUUCUACGUGGAAAGGAAUGGGAAGAUACUCAUAAGACAGAUGUAAAUCAAUCCGUUGAGUCAACUAAUAAAGCAAAGUUCCGACGAAAUUUGAAAGAAUUAGACCGGUUGUAUAAUAAUCAUCUGAAGACCGCAUGGUCAAGCGUUGCCAUUUCCGCUUUGGAACGUUGCUUGGGUGAAAUAACAAGAGCCUUUUCAAAAUCGUGUCCAUUUGAUCAAAAUGCAUUUCAAGUAUUGAAUGGAUUCGAUGUUUUAACAAAUCUGUUGAAUCUGGGCUUGCAAGCACAAAAUGCCUCCCAUAAUCUUCCAAAUAAAAGCAUUGUGUCUGUGUGUCGCGUGUAUAAACUUAGUGUCAACGAAAACGAUACUAAUAUAGAAGCCAUCUUAUCGAGCAACAAGAUUCUGGUCAUUCUGGAUCUUCUUCUUCAACAUUUAGAGAGUAUGACGAAACUCGACGACCACCUCCAGGUGCAGGAAGCAUCCGGUAAUUCGAUCGGAAAUGGAAUCGUAGCUAGCAGCCUGAUGCAACUGCUGUGCAGCUUUAUCCCGGAGGAACCCUUUGAGAAAUCGGCGUUGCAAACGCGGGUUCAGGAUAUUGCCGGAUAUCUGGUAGCAGGAGGACUGGUAGAUCGAAUAUCUCGACACAGCCGCGCUUUGAUCGAGACAGAUUUCUUUUUAGAUCAAGAUCACGAAUCGCCUGUUUUGGUAUCCGCCUACGAUCUACUCUUUCGGAUCUGUUGCCACUUGAAAAAGUCAACGGACCAAGAAAUCGGGAACGUUCACGAGAAUAAUAAUAACGUCGAACAGACGAGCGUCGAAUCGCAUCUUCUGUCAACCUUGUCGUUGACCGAAGCUGCAGGUGCAAUCGGUGCACUUUACGCUGCAGUUGCAUUGACACCUCAAAAUCAGAAGGGUUCCUCGCCGACCCCUAAUCAGAUCGCGGUGUCUCAAUCUACGAGGAUUUUAAUUGUUCGCAGUCUUAGGCUACUUAAAUCCAUCGCAGGAUUGAAUCUUCAGAAGUUACAGAAUCUUUUGGGUGCAGAAGGCACCAGCUUGCAAUGGCGACUGAUAGCUAGUCAUGUGAUAACUCGAUUAUCACGGGAUCCAAUAUCGCACAAGCCGGAAAUUGGAUCUGCGCAGAACACUAGUGGUACUUACAUCCUGUCAGAACUGUUCCAGGUUCUCGGCUAUUUUGCAGUUAAUAACCCGGAAAAUCAGUUAGUACUUCAGUCGGCUGGAGCUGGACCGAGCGUUCUUCAGCAACUGUGUACACUGCCAUUCCCAUUUUACGGCGCUCCAGGAUUGACAUCCUACAUUUUCCCGACGCUUUUGGCGGCUACGCAUCAGAAUCCAGAAGCGACGGCAAUUCUCUCUUGCGAAUUGUCUUAUCAGCUAUUAGAAGAAUACAAGAAUUCGGACGAGGGUAAGCGGAAUCCUUUAGUCCGUUUACUAAAAGAUUCGCCUAGUCCUUAAUCGUCUCCGCCAGGAUUCGAUUAGUCCGUUUCAGAUUCUUCGAGUUCCUUCUUUAUACUCCAUAAACUUCAUGGACAUCGUUAAUCGAAGGACCAUCCCUUAUAUUCCGUUCAAAAAGCCGAGAAACAAUCAAGAGAAAAUUGUUUUCAGGUACGUCCAUCGUUAAUUGAAUAAUUAAACUGUACCUCGAGGCUGGCACUCGAAGGCGAUUAAUUUAUAUCAAAUGCAAGAAUUUCCACCAGAUAGGUAGAAAUUAGGGGUGUGAGAGUAUUCAAGACGUACGAGUACUCGGGUAGCCCGAUACAAUUUCAGAAGACCCUUAGUAGAAAUAUGUAAAAUUAUUUUUUUCUUUUUACCGUGGUAUGUUUCCAUCGGUAACUGAUCAAUCGAAGAGUUCUUUUUUUUUACAGAAAGCAGUAAUUAUAGGGAGAAAGAGCUCGAAUGCAGCUUUUUCCAAUGCACUUUGAGUGCUACGCGUUUAAUUACUAUUCCUCUUAGGCGAGUUUAAGCUGCCGUUAAUGAUCGUCGAUUAGAUAUUCACGAGUUAUCGCCGAUCACGUUGAUAUAUCCGCAAUGUUAAAUACACGAGCCACGUUUCACACGUUUUAACGUAUCGAGUAUGGCUGAAUUGCAUUAACCACAGCAAGAAAUGAAAUUUUCUUCGGUUGAGAUAUCGUUUCUGUACGAACACCUUUUUCUACUGUAAUUAGCGUGGCUAAUUAUUACCGCGUAUUUUUAUAAUUUAUAGAUCUGGCUGAUCAGCGAUAACGUGGUAAUACGUCUUUUUAGAAUCUAACACUUUCAUGGGUAAUAAUUUGUCCAUUUUUCUAUAAUUGCAAAAUGGUAUUUCAAAUUUUCCUUUGAAGUGAAUAAAAAUUGAUAUGUUAUAAAUCCAAGUAGAGGUAUGUUAAACUAUGAAAAUGGAAAGUUUUUUUUGUUUUGUUGAAUUAACUAUAAUUUUUUUUUAUUAUUUACAGCAAAAAUAUCGUUACUUAAUAUAAAAUGUUUAUUUAGUUCUUUGAUACGUACACAUAUUUUAUUUGAAAAGUUGAUUUGUUUAUGUAAAGAACCUCGUUUUCGUUUCAAUUUCGUGAUGGACGAACAUAAGGGAACAAUUUUCAUGCAUACGUUGGAAGUCAUCAUUGUUUGAUAAAUGUAAUUUUAAUUAAUGAUCAAUUAAAGGCUAGAAUUAUCUGUUGAAAUGACAGAAUCGUCUCGGAUUACUAUUUUCGCAUGUAGUCGUUUUGCUACUGGGUUAAAGAUACAAAACUCGUCAAAUCUCGCGGUAUUAAACAUACUGCUCAAAAAAUUUUACUUUUGAAAAAGUAAAAAAUUUAACAUGGCAGUAAUCUUAGAAUAGACCUGAGUAUUUUUGAAUCUAACCCAGGAAACAAUUUCUAAGCUUUAUACCUUACGAUCAUUAAUAAAUUCGUACGGUUCUUCGUACUGUACAUUUGCGAUCAGAUCAGGCUUUUCUAAGGGGUGAGUUUAGGAAAGGGGAGGCCUAUGAUGAGGACUAGGGAUGCCGGAACACGAGGUAACCCGUGACAUCACAAUUUUUCCUGGGAAUGCCUGAUUUGCUCACGAUUGUACUCGUUACACUCUUUUCCACGCGUGCCAAUAAUUCAUGCAAAUGAACGUGUCUUUUGAACGGGCCUUUUAAAUGUUUUUAGCUGUCGUGCAAUGAUCAAGUUGCGACUCCUUAGAAUUAGAAUGGUAUAAAUAUAUAUUUUCCAUGCGUGUGCGAAACCACGUGAACCACUCUGCCUUUUUUUAUUUUGUAAAGUGUGCCGAAUACCAACAUAUGUGCACCCUUAAUUAAAAGACAGAGAACUCAUCUUUUGGAUUUAGCACACUUUACAUCACAAAAGUGUAGAUCUCUGUGUCUCCAGAGCACAUUUCCUUUUUCCUUUUUGUUUUCAAUUUUGGUAAAAAUCUUCGGGUUGUUUUGAGCAGUUCUCGCAACACAAUAUUUAUUGUAAAAGUUUGUGAUAAUGUGUUGAGAGAAAAACUGUGUAUAUAGAUGGACAUAAUCUUCAUUAAAAUUAGAUGCUGUUUGAGAAAGACUGGAUUGUAAAAUCUAUUUUUAUCUCAGCACUAAAUAUUCCUUUUUGUUGAAUUAUUUAACGAUAAAUGUGUUUCUUUUUAUUUUCCUUGUUUACACGUAGGAAACGUGUAAAUAUUUCAUUAAGAUGGAUUAAUAAAAAAUUAUUUACUUCGUCUAUUAUUUAAUUUCUAUUAAAAUAAACACGAGAACCACUUAAAAAAUUCAUGAAAGCACAGAAUGCGAUGGCAUGAAAUGCCAUUGGCAUUGUGAAAGAAAUAUUUUUUAAGAUAAAUAUUUAUUUUAAAAGGAUACGAAUUGGUCGUAGGACAAUGUACGAUUCAUUGUUAAAAGGAAAAGGAGAAAAAUGAAGUACUUAGGAGGUACAGGUUUUCGUGGCUGCAGCGAACGCACUCGUGCAAUGUCCUGCCAAUGCAAUUAAUAUUCAAGUAUUAUAAUAUGAUAUAUACAUAUAUUUAGUGAAUAUUUAAUGCGCGGAACACUAAUGUAAUUUUACCGUGUAAAUUUUGUUGUUCGACGGCUCGUGAAAUAUUUUCUAUCUAAGAAGAAUCUGAUAUUUAUUUAUUGGAACUACAGUGUCGAACGAGAAAUUUCAUUGAGUGUCGAAGAUACUUUACUUCGAACGUUGUUCAAUUCAUUUUGAGUACUGUGGAAUAGCAAAAUUUCUACACUGGUACGACGUAGAAACAGUAAAAUUGUAAAAGCUUGAGAAGUUAGGGAUGGGAGCAUUUCUGUGGAACGAAUAAAAUCAUGAUUUGCGAUUGAAAAUAAUAACAUAGAAUUUUUGUGAAAAAUGUCGCAAAAAUGAUAUUUAUUCGUCCCAGUUGCGCGUCGUCUAAAAAAGAUAAGUAGAAAAAACAAAGCGUCUUUUCAUCGCUGCUAGAAACUAACGUCUAAGAGAUAACUAUUCUAAUUAAAGUAAUUUUUACACUGUAACAAGUGUUAUUUUCAAUCUCUUUUAAACUCAUGCUUCGAUGCUUCAACACAGAACCAUCCAUACCAGAUUUUCCAAAUAAAUAAUGCAAAUGCACAGCAGUUUCACGAAUCAUUAUCCACAAUCGUAGUUUUUCUCAAUAAAUCUGUGGAUUGAUCUGAAGAUCGAACAUACGCUUUGUUCGUUUCGUUAGAAGUAGUGAUGAAAUUUGGAUUAAUAAAUUUGGAUUAGAAAACUU